AUGCCGUGUGGAAAGUACUUGAGAACUAGAUCACAGCUCCUUGUGCACCAAAGAAUAUACAAAAGGGAUGAACCUUUUGAACAUUCACACUGUAGGACUCUUGAACUGCACCGAAGAAACCACACAGGGCAGAAACAUUUUAAAUGCUCAGUCUGUGGAAAGAGAUUCAGUGUGAAGGGGACACUUCAACUGCACCGAAGAACCCACACAGGGCAGAAAUCUUUUAAAUGCUCAGUGUGUGGAAAGAUAUUCAGUGUGAAGGGGACACUUCACCUGCACCGAAGAACCCACACAGGGGAGAAACCUUUUGAAUGUUUAGUGUGUGGAAAGCAAUUUAGUUUCAAGGUGACUCUUCAAAAACAUCAGAGAAGCCACACAGGGGAGAAACUGUUUCAGUGCUCAGAGUGUGGAAAGAGAUUUAGUCGAAACGACAAUCUUCAACUGCAUCAAAGAACCCACACAGGGGAGAAACCUUUUCAAUGCUCAGAGUGUGGAAAGAGAUUUAGUCAAAAUGGCAGUCUUCAACGGCAUCGAAGAACCCACACGGGGGAAAAACCUUUUCAGUGCUCAGACUGUGGAAAGAGAUUUAGUCAAAAUGGCAAUCUUCGACUGCAUCGAAGAAUCCACACUGGGGAGAAAACUUAUCAAAGUUCAGUGUGUGGAAAGCGAUAUAAUUUCAAGGCGACUCUUCAAAAACAUCAGAAAACCCACACAGGAGAGAAAGCAUUUCAGUGCUCAGAGUGUGGAAAGAGAUUUAGUCAAAAAGGUCAUCUUCAACAGCAUCGAAGAACCCACACAGGGGAGAAACCUUUUCAAUGCUCAGAGUGUGGAAAGAGGUUUAGUCAAAAUGGCAAUCUUCAACUGCAUCGAAGAAUUCACACAGGGGAGAAAACUUUUCAAUGUUCAGUGUGUGGAAAGCGAUAUAAUUUCAAGGAGACUCUUCAAAAUCAUCAGAGAACCCACACAGGAGAGAAACCUUUUCAGUGCUCAGAGUGUGGGAAGAGAUUUAGUCAAAAUGCCAAUCUUCAACUGCACCGAAGAACCCACACAGGGGAGAAACCUUUUGAAUGUUCAGUGUGUGGGAAGAAAUUCACUAGAACUCAGUAUCUUGAAGCGCAUCAAAGAACCCACACAGGAGAGGAAAUAUUUCAAUGCUCAGAGUGUGGAAAGAGAUUUGUUCGAAAUGACACUCUUCAACUGCAUCGAAGAAUCCACACAGGGGAGAAACCUUUUGAAUGUUCAGAGUGUGGGAAGAAAUUCACUUGGAGCCUCAGUCUUCAACUGCACCAAAGAACCCACACAGGGGAGAAACCUUUUGAAUGCUCAAAUUGUGGAAAGAGAUUCAGGCAGGGUUGCCAUCUGAAGCAGCAUCAGAGAACCCACACAGGAGAGAAACCUUUUGAAUGCUCAGAGUGUGGGAAAAGAUUCAGUCAGAGUGGCUAUCUUCAACUGCAUCGAAGAAUCCACACCGAGGAGAAUCCUUUUGGAUAUUCAGAGUGUGGAAAGCAAUUCAAUAAGAAGUGGACUCAGGGAACUCACACAGGGGAGAAACCUUUUGAAUGCUCAGAGUGUGGGAAAAGAUUCAGUAAAACUGCCUAUCUGCAAAAGCAUGUGAUAACCCACACAGGGGAGAAACCUUUUGAAUGUUCAGUGUGUGGAAAGAGAUUUAGUAGAAAUUUCAGUCUUCGACUGCACCGAAGAACUCACACAGGGGAGAAACCUUUCGAAUGCUCAGAGUGUGGAAAGAGAUUCAGUCAGAGGGGGAAUCUUAAAAACCAUCAGAGAACCCACACGGGAAGAGACCAUUUAAACUCUCAGAGUGUGGAAAGCGAUUUAGUCUAA